AUGACCAAGAGGCAGGCCGCGGAGCAGAUCACUAAGGAUGCUUUUGAUGACGACUACGAAACAAACGAGGCCGACGCACCCGCCCGUGCCACCUCGGAAACUUUGUCCAAGAGAAAGAUCCUAAAGCCCAGGGGGAAGUUGAAUGAACCGAAAGGAGAAUCACCUUUCUCAACUGCACUGCAGUUUCCAAAGCCACACACAACGUUACCAAACUCGCCAACUACAACAACUUCCCAAAAGACUAACAAAAUCCGUGCCUUGAAUGAAAACUUUGUCAAGAAAGUCAACGAGUCUCACAUUGCCAAUUCGAUUGUGGACUUUACCAGCAUAGCCGAAGCCUAUGUGAGAUAUUACAAAAGCAUCGAGAGCGAUACCAAAGAGAUACCGGCAGAAAAGAUAGAGCAGACUAAAGACGGGCACGACGAUGCAGAAUCGGAGGAAGAAUCGGAGGAGGAGCCGCGCAAGCCCGAGGUCAAGAUUCAGGGACCGCUGUUUUCUUUUAGCAACACGUCCUCUACAACCAGCAAACCCGCGUUCACAUUUGACCCAAAGAAAAUCGCCAAACUAAACGAACGAGAUCCGGAUGACUCCGAUGACGAGCUAAAGGGGCCUACUUUCAAUUUCAGCAAGCCCAUCGUGGAUAGUGUUUUCAAGUUCAAACCGAAUGGUGCAGACACAAACAACGAUACAGCCAAGGGCGGUACUGAAAAGUCAUCGCCUUUUCAGUUUCCCGCGUUGUCAAAGCCGCUGGUAGCCAACACCUUCGGCGGGUUGCCGCAGCAGCCAGAAAGUAAUGCACCUCCAAAAUUCAAUUUCAGUGCAAAUCCACCCAGUUCUUCCGCUUUCAAUACGGCCAACACCUUUCAAUUCGGAAGCGCAAAGCCAACUGCAUUUACCAAAGCUACAGCACAGCCCACAUCCUCUCCUUUCCUGUUUGGUAAACCAGCAGGUGAAAACACCACGGCAUCGCCCUUCCUGUUUGGCACCCUGCAGAAACCAGCAUCUUUCGGGUCUACAAACCAAGCGGAUGCAAACCCGUUCUCAGCACCCACCAAGAGCACGUCCACUGUUGCGGAACCAGAGGAUAACAAAGCCGGCGAAGACGAACCCGAAGUGGAAGGAAACUUCACCCCCGUGGCUGAAAUGGGCGAAAUGAAGCAGGUCGAGACGGGAGAGGAGAACGAGGAGACAAAGUACACCAUAAAGGCAAAGUUGAUGGAGUUUGACCAGUCAAACAAAAACGAGCCGUACACCCCCAAAGGUGUGGGACUUUUAAAAGUCUUGCGCAAUAAAGACACUGGCAAGUCGCGGAUCUUGAUCCGAGCCGAGGGCAAUUUCCGUGUCUUGCUCAACACGACCAUCUCCAAGGACAUUGAGUACACCCGGUACGGCCAUGGGUCGCUAAUACGAUUGCCAGUGUUUAGUCCCGAGGGCAAAAUCACCACCUACUGUAUCCGUGUCAAGGAUGCCACCGGCGGCCAAGAGUUGCUAAAGCAAAUCAACGACGCAAAGUGUUGA